AUUUACGUGAACACACUGAUAGCCAACAACCACAAGGCCGUCGACGACUUUAUCAACAAGCGCUACGAGCGGCAGGCUCAUCUGGAUCGCGUGCUAAUGUACGUGUGGCGUACGUUCUUUGAUAGACUCGUGGAGGAGGAGAUCACCGUGCUGGAGGAAGUGCCAAGGCCCUCGCUGCCGGACAAGAAGGAGAAGAAAAAGAAAGGCGCUGCCAAGGGCAAGGGACGUAAGAAGGGCGGACAGGAUGCAGAGCCACAGCAAGCUGAACAAGUGGACGUCGAGGGCGGCGAGGGUACUGCCAUGGAGACUGAUCUUGAGACAGAGGCCGAGGGUGAAGUCGAAGGCGAGGAGGAUGCUACUGUGGGCAGUAGCAACAAGAGUUCGGCUCGCUCUAAACGCUCACGUCGCAAAACCAAAAAGAAAUCCUACGUUCCAGUGUAUAUUGAAGUGAAGAAAAUUGUUCCGGCUUAUGUCAAAACCCCUUUGCUCCAUUGUCACUUUGGCGAAAUGGAAUCAAGCAACAUGGAUCCUAACAUAAGAUAUGUUUACAUAUUACGAAAAAAUGCCAAAGAAGUUCCCUUGUUCAAGGAGAUAUCUCAUUGCUUUGCCGAAAUGCCAUUACUAUUCCUCUUAGGCUCCAUAAGGGGCAGCCUAAUCGACUCGCUGCGACACACAUUACAGAUGGUUUACAAAAGCGCCUUUCAAUUUCAAUUUCGCGAACCGGACACCACGGAUACCCAACAAAUGGAGAGUAAUGAUGCCCAGCGGGAAGGGGGUGGCGGAGGCGCUGGGGAUGCCGGCGAGGAUGUUUCCAGCGAUGCUAAGGAAUCGGGGCCGGGUCUAUUGGAGCUAUCCAAACCAUCGGAAUUUCGUUUGAAAGCGCUUAAACAACAAAAGAAGCAAAAGGCAAUGCAAGCGCAGGCCAAGAAGAUGGAGCAGGCCAAGAAGGAGACGGCCACGGAAGCCGACGAAGAAGACGAAACUGUGCAGGCGCAGGUGGAAGUACCAUCAUCUUCUGAGGAGGAGGUCGAGCAGAAACCUGAAAAGCUGACAAUUGCUGAGCGUUGGGAAAAGCUACUGAAUGAGACCAAGUCCAAGGUGGAGGCAGAGCAUGCGGCCGAGGAGGCAACUCCUCCACGCAUACUGCCAAUACAGCGUGCAUUUCUCAAAGAGCUUGAUGAGCUUGAUAAAGAAAUUGAAUGGACAAUCGAUCAUAUUGUUUGGGCCUUUAAUCUGCCCUCUUCGUAUGUGCAGCCCGGUCAGGAGGAGACCGAAUUUGAGGAGGCGCUCAUUCGCGUGCCCGUCGAUACAAAAAAAUUGGAGCUGGUUCCCACCUAUACACAACAACAGCUCGAGGAUGUUGUCGAUGGCUGGAUGAAGUAUUUGAACAAAACGAUGAAAUCGCUCAAGGAUAGCAAACUAGACGAAUUCACCCCAAUGGCUGAGUAUCGCUAUUGGCAUCAAAUGGAAAUCGAUCUGUAUGGCACAUUAGAGCAACUUAAAACUGAUUUUGUGAUCGCCGUGCUUAACCGAUUGACGACUGAUGGAUCCAGUGUGAUUGCUAAAUGGAAUCAAGUACUUGCCAAUACCGAAGAGCGCUUCAAGCUCGCAAAAGAGAACUCUGACUAUCUGGGCACUAUUACGGACUAUUUAGAGAAAAUUCAAAACUAUGACAGCUUUAAGAUGGCCACAAUGCAGAUACCAAAUGUAAUGGUCGGCCUUCGCCACAUCUGGACCAUGUCCAGCUACUAUUGCCGUGAUCCCAAAAUGCAAGUGCUACUUUGUGAGAUAUCCAAUGUGUUUGUGCAGAAGGUGAAGAAAAUUAUAAAUUUCGACAACAUAUUUCGAUACUCUGCAUCCUACACGUUUGAGACGGCCAACAAUUGUGCGAACAUAUUACGCUGCUGGAAGCAGGCCUACAAAGUCAGCCGCGAGCACAUUGAGGAAUCAGGCGCUGGAUCUCGUUGGGAAUUCGAUAGCAUGGCGCUCUUCAAUGAAGUGAAUCACAUAUACCGUGUAGCCGUGGAUAUUGCGUAUGUGGGGCGUGUGUUCAUCCAGUAUGAGAAUCUGUUUGGGCGUAAUCUCAAAGCGCUGAUUACAGACCCUGCAAUUGUGGAUAAUCUAAUGCGCAAAAUUUACCGCUUGCUGGAUGAACUAAUAAGGAGCGUAGAUUAUGAUAUGUUUAUGCCCAGCAAUUGGGAGAAUUGGGAAUACUCCCUAGAACAGUUCAAUAAACAUUUGGAAGUGCUAGAGAUUGAAGCCAAGACGGUUAUUGAUCAAAGUAUCAACUCGCUACUCUCAGCCCAAAAAGGUAUUAAAUUGCUAGUCAAUGCGAACAGCAUCGACACGCGAAAGGUGCUUCAGGAGUUCGUUUCCACCAAACAUGAGAAUCUCUUACGAUUCUUCGUUAGCGAAAUUAAUAACGUAGAAGCUGUCUUCACGCGAUACAAGAAAACUCCGCCUAUGCCAAGACUUCAACCGGCCAAGAUAAGCGCAGUAUGUUGGGCGCGUUUACUGGGGCGCAAACUAAAAAACUCUGUCUUGGCCUUCAAGACGGUAGAAGAAGAUCCAGCAAUGGUAAAUAGCUUCCUUAAGCGGAGCGCAUUCAAGCAAUAUUUUGAGCUGAUGACUGUUAUGUACCAGUUUGAAAAAGUUCUCUUUGAGAAGUAUAUGCAGAAUGCCACCUUUAUCGUAAACCACACCAAUCGCUCUAGCAUACUGCGUAUUCAAAUAUGCAAGGAGGAGACCAUGAAUUACAUAUCUGAAAUCAUGCAAGCGCUCAGAUCCAGAAGCCGCGUCAAUUCUUUAAUGAAUACUUCACAAUAUGGCGGUAGUUUUCUGUCCGAGGUUGACCUGCAAUUACAAAACUCAGCGACCAUGCUGGAGGACACUGACGAAGACACAAAGGCUGCUGUAGAUGCCGCUCAAGCAGGUGUCAUGUGCAGAAUCAAUCGGUUCACAGUACUCACGGCAAUGAUUAUGUGGAUGGUGGGCAAAACACGACACGGGAAUGUACAGCUGCGUAAGGCAAAUAUCUUUAUGGCCGAGAUGAGGGACCGAAAGCCAAAGGAUAUAUCAGCACGGGAUCGAGAAUGUAUGAAGAUAUGUGAAUUACUCAUUCUUGCGGAAUCACAACACUUGUUGCCAAUUUGGCGGGAGCUGGUUGACGAAAAGGUGCUGAUCGAGUAUGACAUGCAUUUUGUCGUUAAUUUGAAUCGUGAGAUCUUUGACACAAUGUUCGAGGGUCAGCUAUUUGAGCAGUUGGGCUUCACUCUUCCAUCGGUUCUGCGCACUGCCAUUAUGAAAAAGGAUAUUCUCUUUAAAGACUUUGAGCGGCUCUCUGAGGUCAUUAAUCAAUAUAACAGCCUAAUCAGUAACUUAUCAAUGUCUGAGGUUGUAUUCUUGCGGGAACACAUUUACGAUACGGAGUUAUUCAUACAAAUGGGAGUUGGUCGUUACACCUGGAUAUCGUUCAACAUUGGAAAGUUUUGUGACCAAAUUAACUCACAGCUGCGCAAAUUGACCUCCAUAGUAUCACAAAUAAAUUUUAUACGCUUGGAUUUACGCAAUCGCAUUGAUCAAAUCCAAAGCUUUAAUUUGUUUAACCUGGACAAUGAAUCGGCUGAAGCGAAGGAAUCUAUUAUAAACACAGAAGAUGAGCGUAGCCCCGAGGAAUCCUUCAAAAAUUCAUCGGGACGCACCUUUCAGUCGUCUACCGGUCGAACAAUUACAAUCAUGCAAGCCGAUGAGGAAGAGGACGUGCAGAAGAAGAACGAAGAAAUAUCCUGUGGCACUGGGGUCUACAGUUGUCAGGGUUAUUUUGAGCUUUUGGAGGCUUCGCGUAAUCAGAAAGCAGCUCAAAUGAAAAGGCUCUAUGAUUCGCUCGGGCCAGUGCUAAUUAAACUAGAGAGUUUAGUGUUGGGCACUUUCACAGGAAGGUCGGAAAAAAUGCGUAAUUAUUACGAAUUCUGGGAGGGGGAAACAUAUAAGUGUAUUGUUGACAUGACGUAUGACAAUCUGAAGUGUUAUAUCAAUCGUCUGCUCUCAGCACAGCCCAUGUUUGAGGUUAAAGCUGUGCUCCUCAUGUCCGAAAUUGUACUGGAACCCUCGGCGAAUGAGUUGCAGAACAUCAUGAUCACAGCAGCCAAGGAUUAUUUGACGCGCCUUAAGGUAUUUACGCGUUGGAUGAGCGGCACUUGCCUCAACUGUCCACUAAUUGAUGCAGCCACUCACUGGAAAUUUAAUUAUACUUUUUUUGAAGACAUCGUCAGUAUCAAGGACUUGGUAAAUCUUAUCAUUCACGUACACGAUCUGGCCUCUAAAGUAGUAGCUGAAGCUAAGAGCUUCGUGGCGCAAUUUCGCAAGUACUUCAAUCUGUGGGCUUUCGAGAAGGAUCUGAUAUGCCAAAAGUUCGUGGAGCGGCAAGUGACGCUCGUCGAAAUCGAUGAGAAAUUUACAUUCUACUCGACCAUUGUGAACAACUUGCAGCAAAUGCGCAAAUUCCAUAACGUGGGAUGCAUACGCAUAAAUUUGAGCCCACUGCUGGAAAGCAUCUCACACCAUGCCAAAGAGUGGUGUACCAUACUGGGCGAGGAGCUGCUACAGCAUGUUAACAGGAACAUGAGGUCCAUGCGAAGCGAGAUCAAAUUGCUGAGCUUGAAUCUCAACAAAACCACACGUGAACUGGAGGACUUUAAGCUGGUCAUGCAAACAAUCGCCACCGUCCAGUCGACAACAUUGACAAGUGAGCAAAAAAUCCAUGAGAUGCAAGAAACAUUUACAGUGCUCAGCGAACACCAUAUUAUGUUUUCGUAUGAGGACAUGCUGAUGGCCCAUCACUUGGAGAAACGUUGGAAGCGUCUAUUUCUAUCGGCACUGUAUCGUUCGGAGAAGCUGCAGCCAAUCAAGCAAAAAUUCGCUGAAAUGACUUCCGGAGAAAUCGAUGUCUUUUGGAAUGAUCUGAACGAAUUUAUCCAGGAUUGGGACGAGAAUGGUCCGGGAUCUUGCGGCCCUGAGCUGGAGCGCGGUGUACGUUUAAUGGAUCCCUAUGGCCAGAAACUCAAUGAGCGAGAGCUGAGACGCCAGGAGCUGGCCAAUGCAGAACGUCUCUUUGACAUGCCAAUGGUUGACUACCAUGAAUUUAGCCGUGUGCAAGCCGAGUUUGAGGGCUUGCAGCAGAUCUACAAGCUGUACAGAUCUCAAAAGAAUGCCCGAGAAAUCUGGGGCAAGACCUUGUGGGUCGACUUGGAUCCAAAUUUCUUAACUGAGGGCGUUGAGAGCUAUUUGAAGGAGUUUCGUAAAUUGACAAAACCGGUGCGCCAAUUGCCCACUGGGCAGCAGCUGGAGAUUCACAUGAAGCAGUUCAAGGCCACAGUGCCGCUGAUGGUCAGCCUCAAAAAUGAGGCGUUGCGUGAACGCCAUUGGCGUCAGCUCAUGGAGAAGACGGGCCAAUAUUUUGAUAUGUCGCCGACACGCUUCACAUUGGACAACAUGUUUGCGAUGCAACUGCACAAGUAUCAGGAAAUUGCCGAGCAGAUCCUCACCAAUGCCAUCAAGGAGCUGCAAAUUGAGCGCGGCGUACGUGCUGUCGAAGAAACCUGGGCACUGAUGAGCUUUAAAACUCACAAGCACUUUAAGGGCAUGGAGGAUCGCGGAUGGAUAUUAGGACCAGUCGAUGAGAUAAUGCAAGUCCUCGACGAUAAUGCCAUGAACCUCCAGUCAAUGGGGGCCAGUCAAUUCAUUGGGCCCUUCCUGGAAACGGUUAACCGAUGGGAACGCGCACUGGCCCUCAUUUCAGAGAUCAUCGAUGAGUGGCUGAUCGUGCAACGCAAGUGGCUGUACUUGGAGGGAAUCUUUAUUGGCGGCGACAUACGGACACAGCUGCCGGAAGAGGCACGUAAAUUUGAUGACAUUGACAAGGCGUAUCGCAGGAUCAUGGUCGAUUGUGCCAAAAAUCCGUUAGUGGCGCCAUUUUGUGCAGUGCCCGGACGUUUAUUGGAUAUACAAGGUCUGGGAGUUGGCUUGGAAAAUUGUCAGAAGUCGUUAAACGAAUAUUUGGACUCGAAACGUCGUAUUUUCCCGCGUUUCUAUUUCAUAUCCACCGAUGAGCUGCUCUCGAUUUUGGGUAGUAGUGAGCCAUCUGCAGUGCAGAACCACAUCAUUAAGAUGUACGACAAUAUCAAGUCGUUGCGCCUGGUGAAGGAGGCCGGUCACACAAUUGUUACCGCCAUGAUAUCCAGCGAGAGCGAGGUCAUGGAGUUUCGCAAUUUCACACGGGCCCAGGGUCGUGUGGAACAUUGGAUGAACGAUGUGCUGGAUGAAAUGCGUCGCUCCAAUCGCUAUAUAACCAAGACGUGCAUCUACGACUUUGGCACCGAUCUGGUAAUUUCCAGACCGGACUGGUUAAUGAACUACCAGGGCAUGGUGGGGUUGGCUGCUGGCCAAGUCUGGUGGACGGCCGAGGUGGAGGAGGCGUUCGAUCAGGCUCAAAAUCACGGCAACAUGCGAGCUAUGAAGGACUUCCUCAUGAAAAGCAACUAUCAGAUUGAGGAGCUCGUAUUGAAAGUGCGCUCUAAUCUCUCGCGCAACGAUCGACUUAAGUUCAAGGCAAUAUGCACCAUCGAUGUCCAUGCUCGGGAUAUUAUAGAUAAUUUUGUUCGCGACAACGUACUGGAUGCCAGUGAAUUUAGCUGGGAGAGUCAGCUGCGUUUCUACUGGGUAAAGUUCUAUGACAACCUACAUGUGAUCCAAUGCUCGGGUAGCUUUGAUUUUGGCUAUGAGUACAUGGGACUGAAUGGACGUUUGGUCAUCACUCCACUAACCGAUCGCAUCUAUCUAACGAUUACCCAAGCGCUGCUCAUGAAUCUGGGUGGGGCACCGGCCGGACCCGCCGGCACCGGCAAAACGGAGACCGUCAAGGAUCUGGCGAAAGCUAUGGGUCUGCUCUGUGUGGUCACCAAUUGUGGUGAGGGCAUGGAUUACCGGGCUGUGGGCACCAUACUAUCGGGCCUGGUGCAGUGUGGAGCCUGGGGCUGCUUUGAUGAAUUUAAUCGCAUUGACAUAUCAGUGCUCAGUGUAAUCUCCACACAACUCCAGACCAUACGCAACGGAUUAAUACGCAAGCUGAAGCGUUUUGUGUUUGAAGGUGUUGAGAUCAGUCUGGAUCCCAAGUGCGGAGUUUUCGUCACCAUGAAUCCCGGCUACGCUGGACGCACUGAGCUACCUGAGUCGGUAAAGGCUCUGUUCCGGCCUGUGACCUGCAUUAAGCCCGAUUUGGAGCUCAUUUGCCUUAUUUCGUUGUUCUCCGACGGUUUCCUGACGGCCAAAGUGCUUGCAAAGAAAAUGACAGUGUUAUAUUCGCUGGCCCAGGAGCAGCUCUCCAAGCAGUGUCACUACGAUUGGGGUUUGCGGUCACUGAACUCGGUGCUGCGAAUGGCUGGUGUCAUGAAGCGUCAGUCGGAGGAUCUACCCGAAGCUGUGGUCCUGAUGCGCGUUCUGCGAGACAUGAAUUUUCCUAAAUUCAUAUUCGAAGACGUGCCGCUAUUCUUGGGUCUUAUUAAGGAUCUGUUCCCUGGAAUCGAUUGUCCACGCAUCGGCUAUCCAGAUUUCAAUGCGGCCACGCGUCAUGUCCUGGUCAACGAUGGCUACAUAUUGUUGCCCGACCAGGAAGACAAAGUGGUGCAAAUGUACGAAACCAUGAUGACCCGCCACUCGACCAUGCUUGUGGGCCCAACAGGUGGUGGCAAAACUGUCGUCAUAAAUGCUCUGGUCAAAGCGCAAUGCCACAUGGGCCUGCCUACCAAGUGCAUUGUGCUUAACCCCAAGGCCUGCUCGGUAAUUGAAUUGUAUGGCUAUUUGGACAUGGAAACGAGAGAUUGGAUCGAUGGGUUGUUUUCAAAUAUAUUCCGUGAAAUGAAUAGGCCAAUGGAGCGUGAGGAACGACACUAUGCCUGCUUUGAUGGUGACGUGGAUGCACUUUGGAUUGAGAACAUGAACUCUGUAAUGGAUGAUAACAAGCUGUUGACAUUGGCGAACGGCGAGCGCAUCCGUCUGGAGAGCUAUUGUGCGCUGCUCUUCGAGGUGGGUAAUUUGUUUUAUGCCUCGCCAGCGACAGUCUCCCGUGCCGGUAUGGUCUAUGUGGACCCCAAAAAUUUGCGUUACAGCCCUUAUUGGCAGCGUUGGGUCUUGAGCCGCCCGGAGUCGCAGCGGGAGCUGCUCAACGAUUUCUUUGAAAAGAUUAUUACCCAAGCCAUUGCCUUUAUAUUGGAUGGCGUGGAUGGCACCGCACAAGGCAAUCCGCUCAAAAUGGUCAUUAUGCAAACGGAUCUCAAUAUGGUAACGCAGUUCUGCAAUCUUUACGAUGCCAUGCUGCCAACAUAUGGCCCUUCCGAGAAUAAGAGCUCGGAUGAGCCUGUCUUAAAGGUGUACAAUACGGAUACCUUGGAGUGUUGCUUUCUGCAGACCGUCUAUGGAUCUUUGGGCGCUUGCCUACUGGAAAAGCAUCAAAUUAUUUUCGAUGAGUUUAUGAAACGCAUUGCUGGAUUCCCUCUGGUCCACGAUACACAAGAUAAUCCUGCCGGUGGCGGACAGAUUCCCCAGGGUAAGCCAACACUAUAUGAUUACUUUUGGGAUAUGAAGGAUAACUGCUGGAAGGCCUGGGAAUGGAUUGUCAAGUCGUACGAACAUGAUCCGACCGUCAAGUUUAGUGAAAUCCUUGUGCCUACUGUGGACAACACGCGAACUAAUCGGCUGCUUGGCCUUAUGAGUGAAAUCAAACGACCCGUUCUGCUGGUGGGCGAGGCGGGCACAUCAAAGACGGCAACCAUUAUGCAAUAUUUGCGCAAUCUAAAUCCGGCUGUCAAUGUCAUACUCAACAUUAAUUUUUCAUCGAGAACCUCAUCGCUGGAUGUGCAGCGUACGUUAGAGGCUGCCGUGGAGAAACGCACCAAGGAUACUUAUGGCCCACCGAUGGGAAAGAAAAUAGCCUGCUUUAUUGAUGACAUGAACAUGCCGCAGGUGGAUGAAUAUGGUACACAACAGCCGAUUGCGCUGCUGAAAUUGUUCUUUGAGCGGGGUGGCAUAUAUGACCGUGAGAAAGAUCUCAACUGGAAAAAGUUUAAGGACAUGACAUUCUAUGCGGCCAUGGGCACCGCUGGCGGCGGUCGCAACGAAGUCGAUCCACGCUUUAUCAGCAUGUUCUCCACCUACAACAUUGUUUUCCCCAAUGAUAAGUCCCUCAUACAAAUCUAUUCAUCCAUCUUUAAAGGCCAUUUAACGUAUACGAAGUUCCAAAAACGCUAUAUGAUGAUUGCCGAUAUUAUUGUCGAGAUGACUCUCAAGUUGUUCAAGAUUGUCAUUAUGGAUCUGCCACCAACGCCCUCGAAGUUCCAUUACAUUUUCAAUCUGAAGGAUCUGUCGCGCAUCUUUGCGGGCAUGCUAUUGAUUCAGCCCGAGUGCUUCAAAGGCCUUCGAGAGCUGAUACGUGUCUGGCGUAAUGAAUUCACCAGAAUAAUAUGCGAUCGCCUCAUAUCGCAGACGGAGAUAACCAAUGUGCGUCGGUGUCUUGCCGUCGAGGUGACCGAACGGUUUCCACCCGAAUUCGAGGAAGAACAUGGUUUCAUCGACUUGGAGGCGGCAGCGGCUGAAGCACAGGCCCGAUUACUUUACGAUGCUCUAGCAGACGACUCCGCUGGAGCGGCAGCUGAUGAGGAAGGCGGGGAAGAGGAAGAGGAGGGCGAUGAAGGUCCUGAAGUGAUUCUAUCGCUCAAGGACUAUGUGUUACGAGAUCCGCUAAUUUUUGGCGAUUUUCGGAACUUUACUAACGAAUCCGAGGCGCGUCUCUAUGAGGAUCUCUUGGACUACAAUGCGGUCUUCAGUUUGUUCACCGAAAUCUUGGGCGAGUAUUGCGAACGAAAGGUGAAAAUGACGCUGGUCUUGUUCGAAGAUUGUUUAGAGCAUCUGACGCGAGUGCAUCGCACACUGCGCAUGAAUCGCGGUCAUGUGUUGCUCAUCGGUGUUGGAGGUUGUGGCAAGAAGUGUGUUACCCGCCUUGCAUCCUUCGCUGCCGAGUGCGACGUGUUCGAAAUCACCAUUUCCCGUGGCUACAAUGAAACGUCCUUCCGCGAAGAUCUGAAAGCGCUAUACAACAUCGCUGGAGUUAGACGCAAGAAGGUUGUGUUCCUGUUCACAACUGCUCAGAUAGCCGAGGAAAGCUUCUUGGAGUUGAUCAACAACAUUCUGACAGUUGGCCAAGUGCCUGCGCUAUUUUCAGAUGAGGAUAAGGAUGGCAUUGUUAAUCAAGUCCGCAAAUUUGCCGAAGAGGAAGGCCUUUCUGCAUCCAAAGACUCAGUUUGGGCGUAUUUCCUGCGUACCUGUGCCGAGAACCUACAUGUGGUCCUCUGCAUGUCGCCUUCUGGUGACGCGCUGCGCAAUCGCUGCCGAAGUUUCCCGGGUCUAAUUGGCAGCACGUACAUUGAUUGGGUAUUUCCCUGGCCCAAGCAGGCCCUCUAUGCUGUUGCUAAGUUGUUCCUUACCGAGCAUGCAAUGAUUCCCGCUCCUCAUCGAGAUGCGAUUAUUGAGCAUGUGGUUCAUGUACAUAUGACCAUUCAGGAGUAUUCAAAAGAUUAUCUUACGAAGCUGCGACGUUGUAAUUUUGUAACGCCCAAGCACUAUUUGGACUACAUAAAUACCUAUCUUGGCUUAUUAGAAGAGAAGCAUAAGCAUAUCACGCAGCAGCGUGAACGCCUUGGGGAGGGUAUCAAGAAAAUCGAAGAGGCUUCCGUACAAAUCGACGAACUGCGCAUUAUAGUGACGGAGCAAAAGAAGAAUGUGGCCAUUGCUUCAGAGGAGUGUGAGGCAAUGCUGGUUACAAUAGAGACCUCAACGCAAAAGGCGAACACAAAAAAGGGCGAGGCAUCUGAGAAAUCCGUGGAGGUGGAAAUCAAGGGCAAGCAAAUUGCGGUUGAAAAAGAAGAGGCCGAAGUGAUUUUGGCCGAAGCAAUGCCAGCGCUCGAAGAAGCCCGUCGUGCGCUCUCUGAGCUGGAAAAAGCACAGAUCACUGAGAUUCGUUCGUUUGCCACGCCUCCGGCUGCCGUACAAGUUGUGUGUGAGUGCGUAGCCAUCCUGAAGGGUAUCAAGGAAAUCAGCUGGAAGAGCGCCAAGGGCAUGAUGAGUGAUGUGAAUUUUCUCAAGAGCUUGAUGGAAAUGGACUGUGAGGCUUUAACACAAAAACAAAUUGUCUCCUGUCGCAAUCACAUGAAAACUCAAAAUUUGGAUGACAUGGGCAAGAUUUCGAUUGCCGGUGCGGGUUUGUUAAAGUUCGUGAAAGCAGUUCUCGGCUUCUUUGAUGUCUAUCGUGAGGUCAAGCCGAAGAAGGAGCGCCUUGAUUUCCUAGUUGAAGAGCAGGAGGUUCAAAUCAAGCUGCUGACUCAUUUGAACUCUGAAAUACAAAAGCUAGAGGAGAAGCUUACAGAGCUCAAUCAGAACUAUGCCACGUCCAUGAAGCAAAUGAGAGCCUUAACCGAAAUGAUGCAACAGGCUGAACGCCGUUUAAUUGCAUCCGAUAAGCUGAUUAGCGGUCUGACUUCGGAGCUGAUACGCUGGAGCGCUGAAAUGGCGAGCCUGGGCCAACAGCUGAUCGAUAGCGUUGGUGUUUGCCUAAUCAGCGCUUCGUUUUUGGCCUACACGGGUGCUUUCACUUGGGAGUUCCGCAAGGCAAUGGUAUUUGAUGACUGGCUGGAGGAUAUCAUUGCGUUAGGUAUACCAGUUAAGGAACCCUUUAAAAUUGACAUCGCAUUGACCACCGAUGUUGAGAUUUCGCAAUGGUCUAACGAAGGCCUGCCGCCAGACGAGCUCUCCAUUCAGAACGGUAUUCUGACCAUGCGUGCCUCACGCUUUCCACUUUGCAUAGAUCCCCAGUUGCAGGCGCUGCAAUGGAUACGAAAGAGGGAGGCGCGCAACAAUCUCAAGAUACUGUCAUUUUCUGAUGCGGACUUCCUGAAGCAGCUGGAAAUAUCCAUAAUGUAUGGGUGGCCGGUCCUUUUUGAGGAUGUGGAUGAUUACAUUGAUCCGGUCAUUGACGAUGUCCUGCAGAAGAACAUUCGCAUGCAGGGAGGCCGCAAGUUUACAAUUUUAGGCGACAAGGAAGUUGACUGGGAUCACAAAUUUCGCCUCUAUUUAACGACAAAGUUCUCUAAUCCAAAGUUUGAUCCUGCUGUUUACGCAAAGGCAUUGGUGAUCAACUACACAGUGACACAGACUGGCCUGGAAGAUCAACUGCUUAGCGUUGUGGUCGGCACUGAGCGCCCAGAUCUGGAGCAACAACGCUCAGAUCUGAUAGCACAAACCAGCGAAAACAAACAGCUUCUCCAGCAACUCGAAGAUUCUCUCUUGCGCGAACUGGCCACCUCAACAGGCAACAUGUUGGAUAACGUCGAGCUGAUCGCAACCCUGGAGAAUACUAAAUCUAAGGCCGCCCUUGUCAUGGAACAACUGAAGCUGGCCAGCGACACUGCCGCCGACAUUGAAAUUCUACGUAAUGGCUAUCGACCGGCUGCGAAGCGUGGAGCAGUUCUCUUCUUCGCCCUCGCCGACAUGGCCACAGUGAACAGCAUGUAUCAGUAUGCGCUUGCCGCCUAUCUUGAUGUGUUCAUCUACUCCCUGCGAAAAGCCGUGCCAGACACGGUGUUGGCCAAACGUUUGGUAAACAUUAUCAAAACACUGACGGAGAAUGUAUACUGCUAUGGUUGUACGGGCAUUUUUGAGCGGCACAAGCUGCUCUUCUCGUUUCAGAUAGCCACAAAGCUGUCGCAGCGCGAUGGCGUCCUAUCGCAACAGGAAAUUGACUUCUUUAUCAAAGGCAACAUCGCGUUGACAAAGAGCGAACGCAGCAAUCCCACCAAGUGGCUGCCCGAGAAGAGCUGGGAGGAUCUACUGAAAUUGGCUUUUGAUUUUCCCGAUCCAUUUGGCACACUGCCAGAUCACUUUAGUCUUAAUUUGGAACAGUGGAAAACGUGGUUCGACUUGGAGAAUCCUGAGGAGGUGGCAAGCCCCGGUGACUACAACAUCAAAUGCAAUGCAUUCCAGAAAUUGCUAUUCCUGCGCUGUUUCCGUGUGGAUCGAAUUUUCCGUUGCAUAAAUCAAUAUAUUGUGGACACCAUGGAUGAAUUCUAUAUUAUGCCGCCGGUUGUGAGCUUAUCUGCCGUUUAUGAACAAACGACCUCGUCGAUACCCGUUUGCUUUAUACUAAGCGCCGGCUCAGAUCCAACCAAUGAUCUUAUCAAGCUGGCCGAUGUCAUUCUAGGCGGCAUGGGCAAUUUCUGUCAUAUAUCGCUUGGUCAGGGUCAGGAGAAGGCAGCGCUAAAUAUGCUGGAUAGUGCGCUCCGUCAGGGUCAAUGGUUGAUGCUGCAAAAUGGUCAUUUGUUGGUAAAAUUUGUGCGAGAAUUGGAAAAGAUUUUGGAUAAAAUUGAAAGUCCGCAUCCCGAUUUUCGAUUAUGGAUCACUACAGAUCCAACACCGACCUUUCCUAUUGGCAUAUUGCAAAAGUCGCUAAAAGUGGUCACUGAGCCGCCAAACGGGUUGAAGCUUAAUCUACGCUCGACUUUCUUCAAAGUGCGUCAGGAUCGUUUGGAGGCGUGCUCCCAUCGCGCCUAUCGUGCAUUAAUCUAUGUACUCGCAUUCUUCCAUGCUGUCGUGCAAGAACGCCGCAAAUACGAUAAGCUCGGCUGGAACAUAGCAUACGAUUUUAACGAUACAGACUUUGAAGUAUGCACAGAAAUACUACGCAAUUAUUUGAGUCGCUGUGCCGAAGACAAGAUACCCUGGAAUAGUCUUAAGUAUCUUAUUGGCGAGGUCAUGUACGGCGGUCGAGUAAUUGACGAUUUUGAUAGACGCAUUACCAACUGCUAUAUGAAUGAAUAUAUGGGAGACUUUCUAUUCGACGAAUUUCAAUCGUUUCACUUCUAUGAGGACGAGAACGUGGACUAUUGCUUGCCGGAUGAUGAGACCGUGCUAAAAGAGGACUUCAUAGUCCACAUUGACAAACUGCCUCUGGUCAAUAAGCCGGAUGUAUUUGGUUUGCAUCCAAACGCGGAAAUCGGUUAUUACACAAUGGCCGCGCGCAACAUUUGGAACAGCCUGAUUGAGUUGCAGCCACAAACUGGUGAGGGUACGGGCGGCAUCAGCCGAGACGACUUCAUCGACCUUGUGGCAGCGGGAAUACUGAAAAAGCUGCCACCCGCCUUCGAGACUUGGCGCAUACGCAAACAAAUCCAGAUGAGCCUGUCACCCACUGGUGUGGUGCUAUUACAGGAGCUGGACCGCUUUAACAUUCUGGUGGUGCGCAUUAAGAAAUCGCUGGAGUUGCUUCGCAAGGCCAUCGCUGGCGAAAUCGGCAUGGACAAUGUCCUGGACAACAUUGCCAACUCGUUAUUUAAUGGCCUGCUGCCAGCCGUGUGGAGCAAACUGGCUCCGGCUACAUGCAAGCAGUUAGCUAGCUGGCUGGAGCAUUUAAAGAAACGGGCCGUGCAGUACAAGUAUUGGUCGAUCUCGGGAGAGCCGCUGGUCAUGUGGCUGUCUGGACUGCAUAUACCGCAGAGCUACCUCACGGCCCUGGUUCAGAUUGCCUGUCGCAAGAACGCCUGGCCCCUGGAUCGCUCCACGCUGUUCACCUAUGUGACCGCCUACUCAGAGCCCGACGACGUUGAGGAGCGCCCAUCAACGGGCUGCUAUGUGCACGGUCUUUAUAUAGAGGGCGCACGGUUUGACAUGCAAGCUAAUCAGCUGAUGCGCUCGAAGCCAAAAGUUCUGGUCGAGGAGCUGCCCAUUUUGGCUGUGGUGCCCAUUGAAGCGCACCGGCUGAAGCUACAGAACACAUUCCUGGCCCCUGUGUACACCACAUCACUGCGCCGCAAUGCGAUGGGCGUUGGUCUGGUUUUUGAGGCGAAUUUGGCCACCUCUGAGGAUCUGAGUCACUGGAUAUUGCAGGGUGUCUGCCUCACAUUAAAUACGGAUAAUUAAAAAGUCUGAAAUAUGUUUUUAAUGAGAUAAUUUUUUUUAUUGUUUUCUAUGUGAAAA